AUGAGCAGAAUUGAUAGGUUUCUGCUGUCGGAGUCACUUGCUGAAAGUUGGAAGAUUGUUGGUCAGGUUGUGGGAGUGAGAGAUAUAUUUGAUCAUUCUCCUAUUUGGUUGAAAUCUUGCACGGUUGAUUGGAGUCCUAAGCCAUUUAUUUUUAAUAACAAUUGGUUUUCUCAUAAGGACUUCUAUUUGUUCGUUAAAGUUAAAUGGAAUGGUUUUGUGGUGUCAGGAAGAGGAGAUUUUGUUUUAAAAGAAAAGCUUAGGAUGCUUAAGAGAAAGUUGAGGAGUUGGAAUGCAGAAGUGUUUGGAUGGGUGAACUUAAAGAUAGACAAGGCUGUUGAAUCAGGAUUCUUUUAG